AUGAGUUAUAUGAGAAAGUUCUUAAAAGCUAUCGAAGUGCCCGUUGGCGAACGUGAGACGUUAUCAGUCUUGAGAAACCCUGAUUUACAACCAAUAAAACCAGAAUUCAGAGUUUGGGGGUUUUGGUCUAAUUUUGCCUAUUGGGGGAUCAUAUCUUUUAGUAUGGGUACUUGGUUGUCUGCAAGUGCAUCACUAUCUUUAGGUCUUAGUGUCCGUGAAAUCAUUGGUGGUUAUAUCCUUGGUGAUAUCUUGACAUUAUGCUUCACUUUAUCAAAUUCAUUCCCAGGUACUGAUUGGCAUAUUGGUUACACUGUAUGUCAGAGAAUAGCAUUUGGUAUUUAUGGCUCAGGACUCGGUAUCUUGAUUAGAGUGUUAUUAAGUAUUGUUGGUGCUGGUUCAAAUGCUUGGUUAGGUGGGUUAGCAUGCUCUUUAUUACUAUCAGCUUGGUCAAAAGAUUAUUUGCACAUGAAGAAUACUUUCAGUGAGGGUAUUGCCAUGACUAGAAGAGAUUUUGUUGGUUUCAUCAUUUUCCAGGUUAUAACUUGUAUUUGUUAUUGGGUCAAACCUCACAAGAUGAAUGUUCCUUUAAUUACUUCAUGUUUUGCUUGUUUUUUUGCAAUGUUGGGUAUGGUUAUUUUCCUUGUCAACAAAGCUGACGGAUAUGGUGAACUAUUCCAAUUAGAGACAGAGUUAUCGGGUUCUAAAAGAGCUUGGACUUGGGUGUAUAUCAUCACUAUUUGGUUUAGUUCAGUCUCACCAGGUUCAACAAAUCAAUCCGAUUAUUCAAGAUUCGCAUCUUCAAAGACAAAGUUAUGGAUUGGUACAAUUCUUGCACUACUUUUACCAACAACUAUCAUUCCAUUAUUUGGUAUCAUCGGAGCAUCAUGUACUAAAGCUGCUUAUGGCGAGCAAAUGUGGGUUCCAACUGAUAUUGUCUUGUAUUGGUUAAACGAACAUUAUGAUGCCAAAACUAGAUGUGCAGCAACUUUUAUCGCAUUUGCAUUCAUCUUCUCACAAUUAUGCUUGAACGUUGUCACUAAUGGGUUUGCUGGUGGUAUGGAUCUUGCUGGUAUUUUGCCAAAAUAUAUUAAUAUCAAAAGAGGUGCAUUACUUACAACAGCUUUAUCAUUUGCAGUGCAACCUUGGAACUUCUACAACACUUCAUCUUCAUUUUUGACAGUUAUGAGUUCAUUUGGUGUGAUCACUACACCAAUCAUUUCUAUUAUUGUUUGUGAUUAUUUCAUCAUUAGAAAAAUGAGAUAUAGAAUUUCUCAUGCUUAUGAACUUAAAGGUGAUUAUUACUACACUUAUGGUGUUAAUUGGAGAGCUUAUAUCGCUUUUGUUUGCGGUGUUGGUCCAGGUUUACCAGGUAUGGCUUGGCAAAUCAAUAAUCAUUAUUUCACAAAUGCUCAAGGUAUUAUUAAUUUCUAUUAUGGUGAUUCAUUUUUCGCAUUCCUAAUUUCAUUCACCUUAUAUUGGUUCUUGUGUUGGAUCAAACCUGUUCAAAUUUCUCAAGCUGUUGAUGAUAAAGAUUAUUAUAAUGCUUUAACUGAAAAGGAACAAAUUAAAUAUGGUAUUGAACCAAACGAAGAUGUUGUUUCCGAACAUUCAAGUGAAGAAUUCCCAGAAACUAAGCUCGAGAAAGUUGUCCAAAAAUUGAAGAUUUGA